AUGCCUAAAAUACCUUCAGUAGACAAAGAACAUCUUCUUUCUUGUGCUAAUAAGAUUGCUUUCAAUACAAAAAUAAGCAGCGUCGUCAGAAGCUUCUUUACACGUGUCUUUGCGAGGGCAAAAAAGCUAUUUGUACAAAAAUACUCGCUCAUAAAAUUAACUGACACAGCAUUAGAUGUGUUGCAUCCAUUUUGUCAUCGACUGCUGUUCUUGACGGGCAUUAAAACGUCAUCGAAGGACUGCUUGUACUGUACAUGUAGAACAGGUAAAGCAUUGAGUGGAAGAAUCUUGUUAGCUACAAUUGUAUUUGUUUGCUUAGCGAUAUUUCUAGUGCUUUGUAAGCAAGAUUUAAGCCCCUUUAAGAAAAACAAUCAAGUGGUUACGAACUUUGGCAUGAAGAACACAAAAAAAUUACCUCAAAAGGUUCACAACGAAAUCUUUGUCAGCCAUUAA